AUAAAAUAUAGUGCGGGUUGUACGAGGUAUAGUAACUGUCCUAAACUGAUUAGAAAUUCUAUUCAUUUGUUUCCACUUUCCAACUGCAACGUACGGUUCGUAUAAAUCGCUAAUUGCUGGCGUAACACUACAAAUAUACAAUAGGGUCCGAUCUUAACCGAAGUAGAAACUAUUCCAUUAGAUCAUCUUUUGGAGGCAUCAACAGAUCAGCUGCCGUUAAGAUCUGCAAUAGUCGGAACACUUCCUUAACAAGGGUUUCUUCCGCCGGCGAUGGAAAGCGGUGCGGAAGGGAUGCUACCGUUCGGUUGGCGGUUCUUAAAGGUCAUGUUUCCCGGUUUUCAGAAUAAACUGACUCUGCCGCCCUUGGUUUGUGAAAAACUUAAUGGAGAGAAGUCAUCAAAAGCAACUUUAGUUACUGCAAAGGGUUCAUGGGAUGUGGAGAUAGAAAAUGGUGACCAAGGAAACCUUUGUUUUGGGAAGGGGUGGGAUGCAUUUGUCAUGAACCAUGGAUUUAGAGUGGAAGAUUUUGCAGUAUUUGAAUACAUAGGUGGAAUUGGCUUUAAUGUUUCAUUGCUAGACAAAAAUGGCAAUGAGAAAAAGAUGGAUUCUGUUAAUCCAGGAGAGGAAGAUGAUCAAAAGCUAGAUUCUACUAAACCCAACCCAAUUAAUAAAGAGCGCUUUGAGCUUUCUGCUGUGAAGGUGGAAAGGGAUGAAGACAUUAUCACUUCUCAACUCAAUUCUCGUCUUGCUCCGCUUUUGGAAAUAUUGGCUGAGAUGGACAAUGAUGAUUUGACUUCCUAUGAUGGAGAGAAAGGACCGCCUCCAAACACUACCCCAUCUGGUAAUUCAGUUAACAGGGAACUUAUCCCUUUUCAAGUUGAUGAUGUCAAACCAAUUUCCAAAAUUAAACCUCAGAAUAAAGACAUAAAAAGCGGUUCUACAAAGCGGAAAAGGGAGGAUAGUGCGAAAAAAGUGGACGUUAAAAGGAAAAGGGCACCUAAAGUGAACACAUCUUCUCGUGAACAAAAUCUGCAAUUUUCAUCAAUAAUGAAGUCAUACCAUCUUCGUCGUCGAUCUCCUUAUAUGCAUGUCCCUGCAGUGUUUUGUGUGGCAAAUAAUCUAUAUCAAAACGCAAGACUCACUCUGAAAGGCCCAAUAGUUGAGCAAGAAGUCAGCCUUAGGGUUUGCAAUGGAGGGAACACCAAGUAUGCAGUCAUCACUAGGGGUUGGCCGGAGUUCAUUGCAGGAAACAAACUUAGAGUGGGAGACACCUGCAUCUUCAAACUGCAGUGUGCUGGAACUAGUUCAGCUGGUGCUGUGUUGGAUGUUGAGGUUGUCCCGACAUAGUUCUAGGGUUAGAUGGUACUUUACCUGAAUGUAUAUACACAGACUGACUAAUCUGGUUCACUUAAUAUUGCCAGUUUUUUGGGAUACUGAUUCAGGAAAUUAUUUUUGUGUUAUAGAAUGCUAACUUUUCAAGGCUGAUUUUACAAUAUGCUGUCCCAAUUAUUUGGUAUGCAUGGCAUGUAUAGAGAAGUUGAGUCUUCUACUAAGCAGAAUUUGAGAGAGAUUGAGACAUGAGUGAAAGUGAUUGAGAAAAAAAGGCUAUAUAUUACUAAUUAUGUAAAACAUUCAUGCGUGUUUAAGAAUUAUGUACAGAAGUCAUAGAAGAUA